CUUAAAAAUAAGACAAUAUAUUGAAUAUAAUAGCAUGAAUAACGUAUUUCAUAUCUUUCAAURGAUGUAUGCCGUAAAUUGAGCAACUGUAGAAUAUGUCCGUUAAUGCAAGAGCUUUUGUUGUUGCUGUUGUUUUGUUGGAACAAGUGAGAUCUCUUCAAGCAAGUCUGCMAGAAUACAUCCCCCUCUUAAAAGGAGUUCAUGGACAACAACGAGAUAGCUUAAUCGAGAGCUAUUUCCUGCUCGGGCUAAAUUACAGCAAAAUUAUUAGCUUCCUCCUGUUGUACCAUGGGAUACGAUUAUGCUUGAGGCAGCUCAAGAGAGUAUUAGCCGCCAGAGGUUUGCGAAGACGAAGAAACUUUACACCUGUACGACAAGUUGUUGAUGCAGUUGAGGAAGAACUUGAAGUGGAUGUAGCAUAGGAUACCGACUAAUGCAUCAGAGAUUACAAAAUGAUCGUGGAAUUGUGAAAGGUCUUGACCCUGAGGGUGUUGAUUACAGAUCUAGGAGCAAGUUAAGACGAAGAAAAUACUAUGCCAAAGGUCCAAAUUUUAUAUGGCACAUAGAUGGGUACGAUAAGUUGAAACCAUUCGGUUUUUGCGUUCACGGAGCCAUUGACGGUUAUAGCAGAAGAAUUAUGUGGUUAGAAGUUGGCCCCUCAAACAGCGAUCCCCAGAUCACAUCUCAUUAUUUUAUUGACUGCAUCCGCCAGGUUGAUGGUGUUCCGCGUGUCAUAAGAGGAGAUUGUGGGAGUGAAAAUUUUUAUAUAGCUGCGAUACAGCGAUAUCUAAGGAAAGAUCAUCAGGACAGCAUGGCUGGUGUCAAGAGUUUCCUUUACAGCAAAUCUACUGCGAAUCAGCGGAUCGAGGCUUGGUGGUCGACACUCAGAAAAACCAAUACAAACUGGUGGAUCAACUACUUUAAAGAUAUGAGAGAUAGAGGGAUGUACAAUAGUGGUGAUCUUAUUCAAUCCAACUGCUUACAAUUUUGCUUUAUGCUUUAUGUGAAUUGCAUACAGUCGCCAAAAACUGGAAUUUGCAUAAAAUAAGGCCAUCGUUACAUAGUGAUUCACCACGUGGAAGACCUGAUGUCUUGUACUUCCUUCCCGACAGUCCAGACUUAAAGUCAGAAGUUGAGGAGAAUGAYCUGCUCGCGGCAGAGCAGAUCUGCGGGAAGCAGAGACCCAC